CUCCCUCCUCCCUGCAGGUUCCCCAUUUUCAGGACACCCUGCCGUGCUCUCAGUGGCGCCCCCUGCUGGGAUGCCUCCCCCCAUGCAGCCUAUGUGUCUGGGGGGGCCCUGUCCGCCGCCCCCGCCCCCUCCGGGCCCCCCGCCCCCCUCGGCUGGGGCGCCCCCACCCCCGCCUCCUCUACCCAUGGGUGACGCGUCCGCGCCCACCGGGCUGGCGGCCAUGAUCGCCGGAGCCAAGCUGCGCCGAGUCCAGAGGCCUGAGCCUGAAAAUUCUGCUGCCAAAAAUGAUGCCAAUCGACAGAGUGGCAGUGGCGGAGGUCUAAUGGAGGAAAUGAACGCCCUGCUGGCGCGAAGACGGAAAGCGUGUGAAACGCCAGAGAGGAAAGAUGAGGACGGCCAAAAUGACGACCCCAACUCCCCCUCCCCUAUGGCCCGGGGCCAGAAUGCCACAGACGGCGUGAAGAAGCCAUGGGACAGGGCCAACUCUGCUGAGCGCUCGUCGCUAGUAUCAAAGGUUCGGCCUGUGGGAAGCACCAGUGACACAGACGCCUUAGACCUGGACAGAAUGAAACAGGAGAUAUUGGAAGAAGUUGUCCGUGAGCUGCACAAGGUGAAGGACGAGAUCAUUGAUGCCAUUAGACACGAACUGAGUCGAAUCAGCACGACAUAAUCCCCUGGACCAACGUGACCCACCUGUCUGAGACCCACCCUACCCCAACCCCAACCCCCCCAUACCAGGACCUGCUGUAGCCCUGAAGAGGAAGGGAUCGUCACCGUGGCAACCGUCUGGGCUGUCUGUCAAUCACAGCGGCUGUUCUAAAAAAGAAUCAUGGUACCAUUCCUUCCUCUGACACGACAGAAACAUCCUUUGGUAGCCACCGGUGUGAAACAGUGCAGAAGACUGCAGGACACUUGCACUGAUUUCUCUUAGUCUUUUUUGUUUUCAUUUUUCAAACUAAUUGAUCUGUAAAGACUGUCUUUUCAACAUGUCUUUAGGGAUGUAACUAAAUUUGAACAUCU